CGAUUUAUCGAACGCAACAGUUUCCGGUCCAGUCCGAAGUCAACAGCUGUUUGACAUUGGCCGCUUGAAUACGCGUUAAAUAUGGUUUCCCUCUCUUUAAAUUCGUUAAAACAAAUAAUGAGAUCAAUGGUGAAUAGUCCAUGCUUCGACAGAGUCAUGAGCAAGAUGGACGUCUUGUCUGCCAGCCCGGGUAAGGUGGUGUGUGAGAUGCGGGUGGAAGAGGAGCACACCAACCGAGGAGGGACGCUACACGGCGGGUUGACAGCCACCCUGGUCGAUGUCGUCUCCACCAUGGCUAUCAUGUACACUGAGAGGGGAGCACCAGGAGUCAGUGUGGAUAUGAACAUAACAUACAUGAACGCUGCCAAGAUUGGAGAGGACGUACUCAUCACUGCUCAGGUUCUGAAGCAAGGACGGACGCUGGCGUUUGCCACCGUAGACCUCACCAACAAGGCCACAGGGAAGCUCAUAGCUCAAGGAAGACACACCAAACACCUUGGCAGCGGCUAAACUGCCUCCCCUCUGUGUCUGUUUGUAAAUCACAUAUGUAACUAUAAUGUCAAAGCAACAGUAGCUGUAAACUGACCUCUGCCUGUAAAUAGUUUGCAAAACCACUGACCAAUGCUACAAAUCGAUCUCACAGCUGGUUACUUAAUUACCGGUCUAGUUACCACUCUUACGUAUUUGUUGUCAAUACUACUGUAUCAAUGGUACUGUUUCAUGCACAUGCAAUAAAACAAAUAGACAAGAGUUAUGCUUUCAGAAUUUGCACUGUAUUGGGAUAUGCUCAGCAGUAUUGAUUUGAGAAUCAACAGAAAAAACCCAGAAGUUACACGCCUUAUACCCUUUCAACUGAACACACUGAAUCAACAAGGAGCAAAAUUAUAUGUACUUCAUAUUCUUUGACAAACAAAAAGCCUGCAAAAAACCCCAAUUUUAAUUUGAUGAGCAUGGCAGCAAAUCAUCUUAAUUUUAGUAGGUCAAAUUAAACAAAAAUCAGUUAGCUUUCAGCAACUUUUGUUAGGUAUGUUAAACAUUAGGUAUGUCACCAUUUCAGUUUCUCACCAACCCACAUCCCAAAUAAAAACAGAACAUAAAACAUCAGAUUUCAGUAGCUUAAAUGAAUGGUGCAUGAACGUCUUGAACGGUGACAAUGACCUUCAACAUCUAACCAACAUGUCUCAACUUUGUGUACAAUGCCUUUCAAGUCACUCAAGAUUUUAGCAAAGGCCUGCCUAGCAUGUUUCAGAGAAAAGCAAAUGACACCAAAACACUUUUAAAAGUCCAGCAAAAAAAAACUAAGGCGGUUUAUAAGAAGCAAUACCUACACCAUAUGAUUUGACAAAUAUUGUUCAUCUUGUUUUCUUUGCUUAUACAGGUGUUUUAACGCCUAUUCACACCUGUCCUUGGUCAAAAGAUUGUGUAAAGUUGUUCUAGAAACCCCAUUGACAUUACAAACAAGCUUUAACAAUCCUUUCUUAUGACAACAAGGAUAUAAAAACACGUCCAUCUGAGAACCACCGUGAAGACCUGUGUAUUGUUUGUUCCUGUUUUGAUGCAACAUAAAGAGUUCCUUCAAUGACCGGUGCUGUUGACGGUGCGGCUCCAAGAGAACAACCAACCACUCAAAAUCAAUGUUCGUGCAGGUUCAAAUAAACAAAAAAUGGAUGAGUGAGUAAGAGGGAAUGAAGAGGGAGUGAAAUAAUAAUAAAAAAAAA